AUGGAUAGCGAUGAGUAUAAAAAAGAAGUUGAAGCAAAUGUAAAGGCAGAAAAACUUUUACAGUUGCAAAACCAAACCGUACAGUAUGAAAACUUAGCACAAGAAAGUAAAAAUAACGACGCAGCCAUGCAAAAGGCAAUGAAAAGCGCAGAAUAUAUAAAAGCUAACAAUGACUGGUUAGAUGCCCAAGCCAACGCUAAAGCAGCCCAACUCAUAGGGUCAAUAAGGACAAAAAUACAAGCGGAUGAAGACAGUUCAAAUGAAGCUUUAACGAAUGCUGACUUUAAGAACGCUUUCGAAGCUCUUCAUAGUAAGGUGAAACAAGUGAACGACUUCUCAUCUGGAAAGAAACUGAAGUCUGAAGGUUUCGACAAAGAGUUAAAAGAAGUAGCACAAAAUAUGACGAAAAUAACAGAUGCAGCAACGAGACAGGCAGUUCAAAGUGCCUAUGACGCCGUUAGAGCAACUGUUGUGGAAAGUCAAGAAAAAGAGUUACAACAGACCAAAACAGACCUAGUAAAUGCUUUCUUAAGAACGAAAAGUCAGGUAGGACAUUACGCUGCAGAUGGAACAUAUGUGCCAGCUGGUGGAACUUAUAUACCACCAAACCCUCCAAGAGAAGCACCUGCACCAGGACUACCUAAAACAUUUACAUCGUCACAUGGACACAGACACAGGCAUGCACCAAAACCAACACAACAACCAACAGUUCAAAACCCUGCACAACAACAACAACCACAAACAGAGCAAGGACAUAAAAGAAGUAGAGAACAAGGAAACCAAGAAUUCUUAAAAAUGCUUAAAGAAGAGUAUGGUUACCCAGAUAGUAUUGACUUUAGUGACAGAUAUAAAGAAGCUAUUAGAAAGUUCAAGGAUGGAAAUACUGACCCGAACCUAUUUAGCUUUAUGGCUCUGCACCAAAGGGGAUAUAAUCUCAAACCUGGAAAAUACAAGCUCGCUAAGGGAUAUGAUUUAAUAGCAUAUCAUCCAAAUGACAUGAACGAAUUUACUCCGAGAUAUUUGAUGUCAGAGCUAAAUGACAAUUUAACUCUCUUCAUGAAACGCGUAAAAAAUAGAGACGGAACGAAAGAAGAAAGGUUUAUGAGUCCGGAUGACUUAGAAAGGGAACUUUUUAAAAACGGUCUCGGAAUAUAUGAAAUGCCAGCAGAUGAGGUACAAGAAACUCCACAGGAAGAACUAGUUCAGAUACAACCAGACAUGGAAGAAAUAGUUCAGCAACAACAGCUAGAAGAGCCUGAAGGAAACGAACAA